CUCUUCGGGCUUCUUCAAGCGCAAAACCUCCUACAUGUGGGGCGCCUUUUUGUCGUACUGUCACAGCACAGCGCACCUUACCUCAUCCCAUCGCCAAGCAUAGCACCGUCAACCCGUCGUCCGUCUGCCAUCCAUCCCAUCCUAUCCCCAAGCAAAGCCAAAGCACAGCAGCAAAACAGGGGUCGCUCGCCCGGCAGUAACAUCCUCUCCUUUCUCUCCCCCCUUCUCUCUCCACAAUAAUGCUCCGCCAAAGACAAUCCGCCGCCCCCAGUCACCCUCAAAAGGCACAGAUACCCACCAUGGCCGCCGCAACGUCAACGACCCUGGACAACGAGCACCGCCCGCUGCUCCCGCGCCACGAGGACGACGCGCGCAGCAGCAGUAGUCAACAAACUACCGAGGCAGUUGACAACGACGAGGCGACGAAAAGUAUGGUCUGGGCACGGCGGAACCAGUGGAUUGUCCUCGCCGUUGCGAGCGGCGCCUGCGCGGCGUUCAAUGGCGUCUUUGCGAAAUUGACCACGACUGAUCUGACAACGACCAUAUCGCAAGCAAUCUCCAACUUCCUUCAUCUGCAAAACAUUGAAGGUGCUUUUGAGGUUAUCUUGCGAGCCGUCUUCUUUGGUCUGAACCUCGUUUUCAACGGCAUUAUGUGGACUCUCUUCACAAAGGCUCUCGCCAAGGGGCAAUCGACCACGCAGGUCUCCAUCAUGAACACGUCAACCAACUUUGUCAUCACCGCCAUCCUCGGCUUCGCCAUAUUCGCCGAGGCCCUGCCGCCCCUGUGGUGGGUUGGCGCUGCCAUGCUCGUCGCCGGGAACGUCAUCAUCGGCCGCAAGGACGAGGAGGCCGACAAGCCCGGCGGCGACUAUGCGCCGGUGCCCCAGCAGCCCGGGCUCGCUACCGUGCCGCUCGAUGUUCCGGAUGAAGACAAGGACUCCGAAGAUGAGGACAUUGUUGAUUUAGGAGAUAUGAACUCGUCUGAGCAUCACGCUUGAGCUGACCUAGAGAAAUCUGUAUAGGAUGCCGAUUGCAUAUGUCUGCACAUGCAACACAAAGAAUGUAUGAUACAUGUGGUAGACGUUCAGAUUCUAUACCCUACAAUCGUUUGCGUUACAAUCAGGGAAUUGGGGGAGCUGUAUCAGGGAUUGGAUCCCUAUGGCCUCUUCCUUCCGUAACAUUCUUGUGAUCUAUUAACCCCUGGCUUCUGGUCACCCGGACCAUCACACAUCCCAGAGCUAUCAUAUCACGAUACGGACGAAGCUGGUCUGUUAC